AUGUAUGGUAAGAGUGAAGAUAUUACAGUUACUAGAUACGGUCCUCAGGUGAGGAGUGCAGAUAUUCCAGUUGCUAGAUACGGCCCUCAGGUGAGGGGUGCAGAUAUUCCAGUUGCUAGAUACGGCCCUCAGGUGAGGGGCGCAGAUAUUCCAGUUGCUAGAUACGGCCCUCAGGUGAGGGGUGCAGAUAUUUCAGCUGCUAGAUACGGCCCUCAGGUAAGGGGCGCAGAUAUUCCAGCUGCCAGAUACGGUCCUCAGGUGAGGGCCUCAGAUAUUCCAGUUGCUAGAUACGGCCCUCAGGUGAGGGCCUCAGAUAUUCCAGUUGCUAGAUAUGACCUUCACGCGAGGGCCCCAGAUAUUCCAGUUGCUAGAUAUGGCCCUCAGGUGAGGGCCUUAGAUAUUCCAGUUGCUAGAUAUGACCCUCAGGUUAGGGCCCCAGAUAUUCCAGUUGCUAGAUAUGACCUUCACGCGAGGGCCCCAGAUAUUCCAGUUGCUAGAUAUGGCCCUCAGGUGAGGGCCCCAGAUAUUCCAGUUGCUAGAUAUGGCUCUCAGGUGAGGGCCUCAGAUAUUCCAUUUGCUAGAUAUGACCCUCACGUGAGGGGCGCAGAUAUUCCAUUUGCUAGAUACGGCCCUCAGGUCAGGGGCGCAGAUAUUCCAGUUGCUAGAUAUGGCUCUCAGGUGAGGGCCUCAGAUAUUCCAUUUGCUAGAUAUGACCCUCACGUGAGGGGCGCAGAUAUUCCAUUUGCUAGAUACGGCCCUCAGGUGAGGGGCGCAGAUAUUCCAGUUGCUAGAUACGGCCCUCACGUUAGGGGCGCAGAUAUUCCAGCUCCUAGAUACGGCCUCAGAGUCGUAGGUUCCAAUCCUACUAAUCACUAA